CGGUGGUGACAAGGCCGGCUGCGGACACGGACGAUGCCGCUGUGUGCCCAGGAUGCUGUCGCGUUUGCUCCUGCUCCUUGCCGCGCUCGCCAGCCUGAGUCAGGGUUCCUGCGCACACGGGACAGAGCUGCCCAGCCCUCUUUCUGUGUGGUUUGAAGCCAGAUUUUUCCAACACAUCCUCCACUGGAAAGCUAUCCCAGAUCAGUCCGAGAGUACCUACUACGAAGUGGCAUUGAAGAAGUAUGGAAACACAAUCUGGAAAGACAUUCACAGCUGUAGAAAGGCCCAGGCAUUGUCCUGUGAUCUCACCAAGUUUACCCUGGAUCUAUACCGCAGUCGUGGCUACCGGGCCAGAGUACGGGCAGUAGACCACAACCAGUACUCCAACUGGACUACCACUGAUACCCGCUUCACAGUGGAUGAAGUGAUUCUGACGGUCGGUAGUGUGACACUGGAGGUGAUCAAUGGCUACGUCUUUGGGACAAUACAUCCCCCUAGACCCAAGAUAGUCCCUGCAGGUGACGAGUAUGAACAGAUCUUCGAGAAUUACCGCAAAUAUAAGAUUUCCAUCCGAAAGUUUCAGGAGGAAAAGAAUACAACCAUGACAGUGAAACAUGAGAACUUCACCCUCAAAGUUCCCAGAGAAAUGGGAGAGUUUUGUAUCAAGGUGUAUCCCUUAGUGGAAACCCGGAAUAACAGAGCAGAAUGGUCAGAGGAGCAGUGUUUGCGUAUCACAGAGCAAUAUUUCACCUUGACCAACCUCAGCAUUCUCUUCACUUCUAUCCUGAUACUCUGCGGAGCCCUGGUCUGCCUGGCUCUCCAGCACUACAUCCGGCGCCCGGGAAAGUUGCCUGCAGUCCUGGACUACAGCCCACGGGAUAGUGUCGUAUUCAAGGUCUUUGAGAAGCCCCACAACUUCUUCCCCAUCAACCCUGUCUGCCCAGAGACUGUCAACAGUGUUCACACCCUGGACUUGGAGGCCUUCCGGAAGGUGUCACCAGAGCUGAGAGACUCACACCUGCAUGGCAGCACUGACAGUGGCUUUGGCAGUGCCAAGUCGUCACUACAGACUGAAGAGUCCCAGUUUCUCCUCCGAGGCUUGCACCCCCAGAGUCAAGCGUCUCUGGGAAAGGAAGAGCCUCCAGAGCUACAGAACAGCUGUGGGGACAACACAGACAGUGGGAUCUGCCUGCAGGAACCCAGCUUACAUUCCACCUGGAAGCAGCCCUUUGGCCAGGAUGACAGUGACAUUAACUUAGUCCAGAGCUCUUCAGGGCAGCCUGAGAACACACAGAGUGGCUCUGCCUUGGGCCAUGGUCAUCUCCUAGAACCUGGAGUCCCUGAGGAGAAAGAUCAUGUCAUAGUGACAUCCCAGGGCUACCAGAAACAGACCAGAUGGAAGGAAGAUGCAGCCGACCCAGCAGGACCCUUGGACAAAGAGACUCCUUUGACAGAUGGAUUUGUCCCUACACUGGAGGUGUGCCUGCAGGCCAAGUUAACUUGGCCUCCACCAGCUCUGGCCAAAGGUUAUUUAAAACAGGAGUCCCAAGGGAUGACCCCAGCACCAGCAGGGACCCCAAGUAGACAAUGGAGUCAGCUGGCUGGAGAAUGGCCAUUCCUGGGUAUGGUUAGCAGUGAAGACCUAAAUGCAGAGAGCUGGAAUUUGACCCAUGAACUUGCCCCUCUGGACUAUGGGGCUGCCCCUGGUGACCUCCUGGCUAGCUUUGACUCUAACCUGGCCACCCUACCACUAAUCUCCAGCCUGAAGGUGGAAGAAUGACAUAGGCUAAGGGUUGUUUGUAUUCCAGUCAUGCCUGCUCUCCUGCCUGCACCAGGAGGGCCCAGGAGUCAAAGAAAUGUGUGGGCCUUUUCUGCAGAUCCGCAGUGGUCAGCUGGCCAGGCCCCAGAGGGCAGGAAAAGGCCAUCUUGCUGGGCAAGUGUCAGGUGCACUGGAGGUUGUGUCUGGUUCUGCUGAGAGAGGCCCUGCAGACUACAGCAGAGGAGAUCUCCUCACUCCUCAGGGCUGGGUCCUGGACUAGAAGGACCUGUGUUUGGGAGGAAACCCAGGUUGAAGUCAGAACAGCCUGGAAAUCUGUGGAAGAGUGGGAGUGGCUAACUUCCUGCAGGGUACAGAGAGGGCCCACGAGAGAAAGGAGGAGCAAGAGCCAGGUUUAAUGUUGUCAUGUAGAGAGGCACUGGACAGGGUGCUUGUCACUGGGAGAUCUUGAGAUACAUGCCACUCUGAAUGACCAGCCAGCUAAUUCAAAACCAUGAGGCAAAAGAGACUGAGAUACAGAAUCUGUAUCUCAUGUGGGGUACCUCCACUAUCCAUCUGCAGACAUCUCCCUCUUUUUGACAAACACAUCUGUGUCCCCCUGGGUUAUCUGCAGUGCCCAAGCCAUUGUUCCUUGCUGCUCACCAUUGUGCUGACCGGCCAAACAAAUUAUAAUGUCUGUGUUAGCACAUUACCCUUUAGGUAGCCUUUGGGCAUAGAUGCUGGCCCACCCUUAAGGCUUAUAUAUCUGCAUUUGCUGCUAAUUUCCAACCACAAAGAGAACAGGGUGCCUAGCUGGUAUUUCUGUGUUCAUCUGUGUGACCUUGGACCAGCAGCUUCUUCAGGGGACUAAAAUAAAGAAUGAAUUGUUAGGAAGUCCCUCAUGCUGGGUGUUAGCCAAGUUGGCCCUGGAGGUGAUAUUUUUGGUCUUGCUAGCCUCUGGGCUGGAAGGAAGUAGACUGUGGAACCCAUCAGCCUCAUGCCAAUGUCUCAGAUAACUUGCAGGAGCCUAGGGCCUUGUGUCAAGAUAGCUGGUAGUCACUGGGGCUCAGGGCUGGUCCCUGCUUCUCUAUGCUGCAUUUGAGACCUGUCUUCAAGCAAAGGCAGUUUGCAGCCCCCAAAUAAGGAUGCUGGGAGAAACGACAGGGCUGCUUAUCCCCUCACAGUGCCUAUACCCUGAGAGUUUCUUUGACGCUUUCCAAACAUAGACUGUGUGACCCAGGAGAGGCAGCCAUGAGCUUGCCACCCUGCCAAGAAGGUCAUGAUGCCAGUCUAGUACCGGAGCUCCUUCUGAAGUUGGGAGGACCUCUUGGGGUUGUCUUGAAACCUUUAUUUAUUUAUUUUGCUCACUUAUUUAUUGAAGAGGCAGCAUAGCACAGGCGCAGGCCUCGGGGUCUCUCAGGAGGUCUAGUUUUGACUGCACUGUUUCUAGCUGUGUGACCCUGGGCAAGUCACAUUUCCUCUUUCAGCCUCAGUUUUCCUGUCUGUCUGUAAAAUUUGAAAAGUUCCCGACAUGCCCAAUCCCUAGGAGUGUGGAGUCCCGACAAGAAGAUGACACAGAUGUGCCCUGAAUGGCGAGUGAGUGGUGUGUGUUUUCAUUCCAAUAAAUAGGUAUUUUGCGAAAGCAA